AUGGCGGCGCCGCCUCGCCACCUCCCGGUCCUCCUCGGCCGCCUCCUCGUCGCCGGCGAGAUCCGCCAGAGCCCGUACCACCUCGGCCGCAUCAUACCCCUCCUUCCUUCGCACCCCCACCUCGCUGCCGCCCUCUCCAGCCUCUACUUCCCGCAUUUCCCCUCCUCCGCCACCUUCCUCCAGAACCUGCUCAUCCGCGCCUCCGCCGCGUCCCCCUCCCCGCGCCUCUCCUUCGCCGCGUUCUCCUCCCUCCUCCGAUCCGGUUGCCUCCCCGACCACUUCACCUUCCCUCCGCUGAUCAAGUCCGCCUCCAGGCUUCCCUCCUUCCCGCGCACGGGUGCGCAGGUCCACGCCCAGUCUGCCCGGCGCGGGUUCUUGGCCGACAUCUACGUUGUUAAUUCGCUCCUCGCGAUGUACGCGGCGUUCCGCGACACGGCGUCGAUGCGGGCCGUGUUCGACUCAUGCGCGGAGGUCGCCGACGUGGUCUCUUGGAACACGGUGAUUGGUGGCUACGUGAAGUGCGGGGAGAUUGGGAAUGCCAGACGGGUGUUCGACGAAAUGCCUCAGAGGAAUGGGGUGUCCUGGAGCGCGAUGGUGGGAGCGUACGCGGGUGCUGGGGAGCUGGAUGUUGCCAGGGAGAUGUUUGAUCGGAUGCCUGCCAUUGGGAGGAACGUCGUCACAUGGAACUCGAUGGUGACAGGGUUUGCGAGACAUGGGCUGCUGCCAUUGGCGAGGAAGAUGUUUGAUGAGAUGCCAGUCAGGAAUUUGGUGUCGUGGAACGCGAUGAUCAGGGGAUACACGAUGAAUGGCGAGAUGGAUGGCGCAAGGGAGCUGUUUGAUGUGAUGCCGGAGAAGGAUGUGAUUUCCUGGACAUGCGUGAUUUCCGGGUACGCACAGGCUGAACGUUAUGCAGAAACCCUUGAGCUAUUCAGGUCAAUGCAGAGCAAGAGCAGUAUCCGGCCUAAUGAGGUGACCAUGGUGAGUGUGCUCUCGGCAUGCGCACAUUUGACAGCUCUAGAGGAAGGGAGGUGGGCUCACACCUUCAUCGGCAAGCACAAAAUGGUUCUGGACAAUGAGUUCAAUCUUGGUGCUGCUCUCAUAGACAUGUAUUCCAAGUGUGGGAGAACAGACAUGGCUGUAAAAAUUUUCUACUCCCUGGAUCAGAAGAAUGUCUCUGCCUGGAAUGCACUCAUCACGGGGCUUGCAGUAAAUGGUGAUGCUUCCCAAUGCAUUGAUGUGUUUGAGCAGAUGAAGAGGUCAGGAGAGAACCCGAACGACAUAACAUUCGUCAGUGUGCUGACAGCUUGCGCCCAUGCUGGGCUGGUCGAUGAGGGUCGGCGGUGCUUUCAGAGCAUGGUAUCUGCUUUUGAGGUGCAGCCCGAGCUCAAACACUAUGGCUGCAUGGUUGACUUGUUGGGCCGUGCAGGGCUUCUGGAUGAGGCAGAGGAGCUGAUUCGGAGCAUGCCAAUGGCCCCGGAUGUCAAGGUUUUGGGUGCGCUACUAGGUGCAAGUCGAAUGCAUAAGAGAAUUGAUGUGGCUGAAAGAGUACAGCGUGGGAUCCUCAAUCUUGAUACAAAGCAGCCUGGCUGCCAUGUUCUGGUGUCUGACAUUUACGCUGCUGCUGGCAAAUGGGCUGAUGCUCUAGAGGCAAGGGGUUUUCUGCAGAAGCAUAAUAUUAGAAAGUUGCCGGCAUCAUCCAGCUCAAUGCAAUAG